UAAUGAAGUGUAUGAUCACACACACACCUGUAACACACUACACACACCUGUCAGUGUGUAGUAAAUGCUAAAGUUUAAAUGCAAACAUGUUUCUUAGUAAGAGGAUAUCUGUCAUAAUUAUGUCUUAUAUGUAAUGUGAUGUAUGUCUGUCCGUGUGUGUGUGUGUGUGUGUGUGCGUGUGUGUGUGUGUCCUCAGCCGUUGCGCAGGGUGACGUUUUCUGUGGCGACAGAUGCCGGUUGCUAUGACAGCGGGGUGGACGAGUCGGAGACACCGAGCAGUAAGAGCAGUAAGAUCGGGGUCCUGUCUCUUCCUGAGGACGGAUACGAGAGAACAACACCUGAGGGCAGUGUGGGGGAGGAGGAGCACGUGGAGAACGACUCGAGGCAGCUCCCUGACGUGGCAUUAACAGGUAAAUGUACCCGUGACUGUGGUGAAUACGGUCACUCUGACACCUGCUGGAUGCCCAUGCAGGCGUCACCACGGCGACUUCAGGGAAACGGAGCACCACGGCAACGCAUGGCCAGUUUCACCUCGGCAGGCGAUGACAACAACAAUCACGACAACAGCGAUCGAGAGGAAGACGAAGGAGAGGAGGACGAUGGCUCAGACCAAGGCAGCGGUGGGGGUGGGGCCGACGACACACGCAGUCCUCUGGCCAACGGCGAUCCGCUCACAGGCCGUCGCCGCGGUGACCGCAACAGGAACAUCGGCGAUCACAACCGAAACCUGCUGAAUCGCAAGAUGACAUCGGCAUCAUACGACACCUUCAUCAGCCCCAGGUUUGGAGGGCAGUGCCAUGCUGAUGACUCAGAUGUGCCCCCCCAACAUGAGGUCAUUCCUCUGACCCGGGCAGGGGGCGGAGACUUCAAAACAACAUCAUGCCUGACACUUCCACGCCGGGAAGUUUACCUGUGAGGAACUCCUGAGACAGACCUCACCUGGGACACAAACUCGAACCUGAGAUACGACUUUGCACCUGAGAUACGAACUCACCCCAGAGAUACGAACUCACUUUGGACGCAAGCUCAUACCUGAGACAGAAUUUCACAUUGGAUACAAACUCAUACCUGACAUAUAAACUCAAACCUGAGAAAAACUCACACCCGGUUAACACACUAGCACCUGAGACACAAACUCAAACAUGCACCUGAGAUACAAAUUCACAUUUCAGAGACAAGCAGAAAGAUCUAAGAGUGCAAAUGCACUAGAUAUGACCUCCUGAGUUACAAAUAUGUACCUGAGACCUGUAUCUCUCCCCUGAGAGAGGAACUUCACCUGAACUAAGAAUCUGAACCUUAAAUAUUAAUGUCACACCAAAGGGUUGAAAAACCUGAGCUGCUGGUUCUCACCUGAGCCACUAAUCGAAUCGAAAUUGGAAUCGAAAAAUCUACGCCAUAUCGGAGUCCCACCUCGGUUAGAAAUCAAAGAUGAAAAAUGUGAAUACCUGAAACUACAAAUUUCAGCCUCACCUCAGAUUUAAGAUCUACUACAGAGAUAUCAAUCCGAUACAGUUUUAAAUUCACAUCACACCAGAAACCUGUUGCUUGACCUUCUAACCCAGACCUGACAAAACAGAGCUUCCAAUUCUUACCUGAGGUACCAUUUCUUUCAUGAAGCUACCAGCUCUCACCUUGAAAUACAAAUCUACUGUAAACUUCCAGUUUUGACCUUAUCCUAUAUCCUACACAUAUACCUGAGCUACCAGUACACUCACCUGAGCUACCAGUACACACACCUCAGCUACCAGUACACACACCUCAGCUACAAGUACACACACCAGUACACACACCUAAGCUACCAGUACACACACCUCAGCUACCAGUACACUCACCUGAGCUACCAGUACACACACCUGCACAAAGAGUUUGUACCUGAGCCACAAACUCAAACCGUGAGUUUCAGAAAUUUCAGGACUUGGCGCUCAGGAACUGAAUGUUUCUCAUUGCAUCGUUUCUAUGGAUGAGAUGUGAAUGCUGGGUGGAGGAACAGGUCCUCUUACAGACUUUAAACAAGUUCCAAACUGUUGAACGUUGCAUGUUUGGUCUCCUGCAGAUGGAAAAAAAAUUCUGGAAAAAAAUGGGGGAUUUGAAACGAGUUUAUAAACUGGAUUACUUUAAGGACUAUUUAAACGACUUUAGAAGUAAUGAGCUGCAUGUUGGGCCUCCUGGGGCACUGUGGAGCGAGAGGGAGCACUUUUACAGAACUGAACCUGGCCUGGUCAGCCCUGUGGACCUGGUGGACAAUGUGGAUCCUGUGGGACAUGGUGGUCUCCUCUGACAUCAUCCUUACAGAAAGAAUUGAAAGUUACACUGUUAAGCUAACAUUACUUUUUAGCAUGAUCCUAAGUAGCUAACUAACUGACAACAUUUGCUAUAUAAUAAUGCUAAUCAGCUAGCAAUAUUUAUUACCUCAUUUCACUGAGCGAUUAUCCAGCUAGCUGUUUAUGUUUAGCUUAGAUAUUCUGAUAACAAAGCCGUGGUGUUUAAUAGCAAGCUAGCUUAAGGUUGCUAGUUUUAGCCUAAAAAAAUACCCUUGUGGUACUUAUGAUGUCAGGAAGGACCAGGGUCUUCAUUUGGACUGACUGGUGUUUCUGGAUCAUCAUGGGCGGAGUUUAGGGGUUAAUGUCUGAGCCAAUCAGCCAAUCAUAAGCCUUAUGAUGUGGCACUUUUACUUGACUUUCAUUUCUUUGGGUUAGUAUAAGACUUACACAGCAGUUGCUAAGCUCACCGGCUACGCUAGCUGAUCAAAUAAAGUUUGCUUGCAAGAAGCCCCGCCCAUCUGAUCCAAUGGCACCUGUCUCUGGGAGAGAUCAGGACAUGUGAUCAGGACAUGUGACCGCCACAGCCAAUCAGAGAUGUAAAGUGUGAAGUUAAAAGAAAAAAGAAAAAAUUAAAACAAUCAUUUAGCACUUAACCAAUCAAAUGUAAGUAUUCAAAUGAUAUUCAACUCUACAAUUUUUAUAGAAUCAGUAGACAAACGAGGAGGUAAUACAGUAUUUUUCAUCUGUUACUUUUUCUCUGGAUGACAAACAAAAAAAUAUGAAGCGAUUUCACUGGACGCUGUUCAGAAAAAAAAUCUGAGAAAUAAUACAAACGGAAUGAAAAAGAACUGUAAACUUCAGUACAUACACACACACACACACACACACACACACACACACACACACACACAGUAACUUCAUGCUAGCCAUGGUAAGAGGAAUUAGCUGUAGCAUUUUGCCUGCAUAAUCUCACAAAUACACACACACACACACACACACACACACACACACACACACACACACACUAUUUAUAUAGUGUAUAUAUUUAUAUAUCAUUAUUAAACUAACUGAUCCUCCACUAAAUUUCAGGGCAUUAAAUGACACCAUCCCACAUUUCAUCUGGUUUUGUUUGUUUAUUUGUUUUUUGUUUGAUGUGGGAAACCAAAUUUCUGUAAAGACCGACGCUGCAUGCUUGGAAGCUAACGCUCAUUUUGCAAAAAAAAAAAAGGAAGAAAAGAUCCCAAAGGGAUUUAAUAAAAAAAAAUGUGUGUGUGUGUGUGUGUGUGUGUGUGUGUGUGUGUGUGUGUGUGUCCAUAUACAGGAUCUCCAAAUCAACAUUUCAUAGAUACGCCAACACUUUCUUUUUUUAUUUAAUAUAUCAACUGACCAAUCACAAGCCCCGCCUUUUUUACCAAUCACAAGCCCUGCCUUUUUUACCAAUCACAAUCCCCGCCUUAUUCACCAAUCACAAGCCCCGCCUUAUUUACCAAUCACAAGCCCCGCCUUAUUCACCAAUCACAAGCCCCGCCUUAUUUACCAAUCACAAGUGGGUGGGGCAUUUAGUUGUUUUACAAAUUAGAACAGACUCAAGCUGUUAUACCAGUGGGCGGGGGUUAGAUUGUGAAUUGUUUUACAAGUGGGCGGGGCUUGUAUCAGUCAGUUGUUUUACAAGUGGGUGGGGCUUGUGUCAGUCAGUUGUUUUACAAGUGGGCGGGGCUGUGGGUUAGUCAGGAGAUUUUGGAGUCCGACUUUCCCUAUUUCUCUUUUUAUUCUCUCUUUCUUUCUCCCUGCAUUUUCUAAAUCAUUGCCAGCAGAAGAAUACGUUUAUCCUGCACUUCUCAGGUUCUUUGCAUGUUCCUGAGUAGAAGCUGUUCAUAUAUUACUUAAUAAAACUUUUUUUUUAUUUAUUAGAGCUACUGUAAUGCUAAUGUCGCUAACCAUCUCCAGAAGUUUAUGGUCUCUGGUUUAGUGAAGUGGACACAGAGACACAGAGACACAGGGACUCAGAGAGAGAAAAACAGUAAAAAUCUCCUUCUCAGCACACAGUCUGGUGUCCCUCAACACCAGCGUCCAACUCAGGUAGGGGGCGUGGCCUAAAACCACUUCUCAUUUUGUUUGCAUUAUGAUCGUUACCUAACGAUGCCCUCUAGGGGUGAGGGGGUGGGGCUUUAAAUGUUAGUGUUAGCAUUAGCAUCAUAGCUUUGAUUGAAAUAAACACGUUCCUUUCACCUUCCAUCAGUUCAUUCAGCUUCAGAGUGGAGUCUGGAGAUCCGAAACCAAAAAAACUAAAACAUGACUCUGUGUGUGUGUGUGUGUGUGUGUGUGUGUGUGUGUGUGUGUGUGUGUGUGUGUUUGUAGGCUAAAACCUGCUGUUCUAGAGCAGUGUGUAAUUAUUCCUGUACAGUUUGAGGUGGAAAUGAACUCCUCUGUAUCUUCUCCUUUUUCUAAUGCACGUUUUUUCUCUUUAACUGAAUCAUGAAUCAUCUGCAAGCUUUUUUUUAACCAGCACUCGACUCACGUCCCGUCACACACCGAGAGACGGCCAUGAACUUUAACCCGAACGGCAUGCUAACGGCGUUUAAUCUGCACUUAACGAGGAAAGCGUAUUUUUCUUACUUUGCUUUGAUGCGAUGAAUCGAUGAAUGUGUGACUCGACUCACUUUGUGUUCGUGAUGAUCAGCGCUGAGGGUCUGGAGGUGGUGCGAUGUCACAGAUAUGUACAUGUUUGACUUUUUGGACAUUAAAAUCUCUUUUAAACUUC